UUGAGCUUUCUAAGCAAUAGCACCAUUAUACUUUUGUCAGUUUUGGAACCCCGUCUCCAUACCUCUAUGUAUUUCUUCCUCUCCAACUUGUCUUUUAUGGAUCUUUGCUUGACUACUUGUACCGUCCCUCAGACACUGGUCAACUUCAAGGGGAAGGACAAGACCAUCACCUAUGGUGGCUGUGUCACACAGCUCUUUAUUGCCUUGGGACUGGGGGGAGUGGAAUGUAUCCUCCUGUCUGUCAUGGCUUAUGACUGUUAUGCAGCUGUCUGCCGCCCACUCCACUACAUGGUGAUCAUGCAUCCCCAGCUUUGCUUGCAGUUGGUUGCAACUGCUUGGCUUAUAGGCUUUGGUAAUUCUGUGAUGCAGACGGCAUUGACCAUGACUCUCCCUCUCUGUGGUAAAAACCAAGUGGAUCAUUUCUUCUGUGAAGUCCCAGUGAUGCUGAACCUGGCCUGCACCGACACCUCCAUCAACGAGGCUGAACUAUUUUCUGUCAGUGUCUUCUUCUUGGUGGUGCCUCUCUCACUCAUCUUAGUGUCUUAUGGUCACAUUACCCGUGCAGUCCUGAUGAUAAAGUCAGCACAGGGGAGACAGAAGGCUUUUGGAACCUGCAGUUCUCAUGUCCUGGUGGUGAUCAUUUUCUUUGGCACACUCAUCUCCAUGUACCUCCAGCCUCCCUCCAGUUAUUCACAGGAUUUGAACAAAAGUAUCACAUUCUUCUAUUCUCUGGUGACUCCUCUGCUGAAUCCCCUGAUUUACACUCUGAGGAACAAGGAAGUCAAAGAGGUACUAAGGAGAUUAGUGGGGAGAACCAUAGCCUCAAGACAGAGUUAAUACAGGGCUUGCAGGCCCAAUCACUUGUGCUCUGGGAAACUUCUCAGCAGGUAAAACUUUUUUAACUUAAUUCAGCAAAUCCUUAUGCAGCACCUACUAUGUACCAGGCACUGUUGUAAGUACUUGGGGUAUGUCACUGACCGAAAAAGAGAAACACCUGUCCUCAUGGAGCUAAAUUUUCUAGGGGGGAGAAGAUAGAUAAGAUAAGCUAAAAAUAAAUUGUGAUCUAUGAUGUACUGGAAUACUAUACAAUCAUGAGAAUAAACAAACCGUAAGUACAUGCAAUGACAUGGAUGAUUCUCACAAACACAAAGUUGAGUGAAAGAACUCAGAUAUGAAACAGUUCAUGUUGUAUGAAUCCAUUUACACAAAAAUUUAAAGCAGGCAAAAUAAAUCUGUGGCAUUGAAAGUUAGAUAGUAGUUGCCUGGUGGAGUGGUGAUUGAAAGGGGAAGUGGGGAGGGGCCUUCAGGAGUUUUGGUCAUGUUUUGCUUCUUGUUCUGGAUGCUUGUUGUAUAAGGUACAGAAUUUUUGAAAGUUCAUUGAACUGUGCACUUUGAUAUCUGUACUUUCUAUAUUGUACUUCAUAAACAUUUGCAUUUAAAAUUUUAAAAAUAAGUCAGAAUUAACGGAUAGUAUGAUACUAAAUAAUCAUGUUAAGUAUUUUUUUUUUCCUUUUACACAAAGUUUCGUUUUAUAUUCUAAAUGACCCCGGUUACUUCUUUUGAUUGAACUGAAAUACUAGAUGCUAAAGUGUUUUUGGUGUUCAAAAUAUUCAACUAGACUGCAAUGAACAUUGACUAAGUCUCAUUUGAAGGACUCAAAGAUCAUUUAUUGCGUGAGUCUCUAGUCUCUUCAUUCCAUGUAGAUUUCAAGUGACAAAUUAUUGAAGCAAAAAUUAGAGUGAUAAUUUCCACCUGAAAAGUUUACUACUGAAUUCUUUGAUUGCCCUGACUUAACUAUAUUCUGACAGAAAAGGAUAUUUAAUGUCUGUGUUGUCUACAAAAAACCCACAAUUUAGGUAAAAACCUAAAAAUAGUUUUUGUUAACCAAAGAUUUCAAAAUAUUCAAACAUUUUGUGGUUUGAAUCCACCAGCGGCUCUAUAGGAGUAAAGACCUGGCAAUCUGCUCCUGUAAAUAUUACAGCCUAGGAAAUUCUAUGGGGAAGUUUUACUCUUCGCUAUAGAGUCACCGAAGGUCAGCAGUUC